AUGACUAAGAGAAAGAUUGUUUCUUCACGUGAGAAUACAUCUACUCAUGAGUUUAAUGAUUCACCAUCCGUUGAUCAAAAUGAGUCCUCUGAAUCCAUAGAGCCUGAACCUACUUUAUCUGCUGGUUCAGAAGUUCCACAUGUUCAAUUAGAUGUACAAGAAAGAAAGUCCAAUAAGUACUGGAUAGUUGAUUUGGAAGAUGCAAAUGGAAUGAUUAAGGAAGGUCACUUAAGGUUGAAAGAUGUGUGGAUGCUGUCUCAUAGAACUAAAAUUAUUGUGCAUUGGAAUGAGCAUGGCCAACCGAUUGGUGAAUCUGGUGGACUUUUAGGCUUGUUUUUAGGAGUUGUUGCUGGAAAUUUCAAGAACUUUCCUAUAAGUUAUGAGAAAUGGCCUUUGGUUCCAACAGAGUCAUACAGAAAUGGAGCCUAUAGGGAUAUUAUUCAAAAUCUUACUAGGGAGCAAAAUAUAGCGUUGUUACCAAAAGGAGUUGGAGUCAGCUUGGAGCAAUGGGCAACUUUUAUUGAUUAUAGAUUAAAGUCCAGAACUCAGGAAACUGCAAAUAAGAGAGUUUUUACUAGAGUUGAAAUGUAUCCAAUUAGUCAUAAGAAGAAGGAUGGAUCUUUUGUUAAUGAUGAGGCUAGUGAGAAAACUGAACAAUUAACUUUGAUUCAAGCUAAUGAGAGUUCUACUGAUGAUGCAUAUAUCAAGUUAUUUGGAAAAGAACACCCGGGUCGUGUUAGAGGUGUAGGAUCUGGUGUUUGUCCAUCCCAAGUCAUAAAAUCUUCUAAUAGUUUAGGAGGGUUUUUGCGGCGGUUAAAAACCGCCACGAAAUUCAUUUUAGAAGUUCCUGUCAACCUUUUAGCGGCGUUCAAAACCGCCGUGAAUAAUCAACGUGGCGGUUAUUCCAGCGGUUCUUCAAAACCGCCGCCGCUACUGUGCCGACGGUUGACCUGGCCGCGUUUUGCUCACUGCCGGGAGCUUAUUCUAGCGGCGGUUAUAACCGCUACAACCCCCAAAAUAACCGCCGCCGCUUCGCUUUUCUGUUGUAGUGUAUAG